AUGAGUUUGAUUUCGUGCGCUUCGCCCUUCCUCCUCCUUCUAUUGGAGGCCAUGGAGGACGGAGCGUCGACCGCUUGCGCAGCCGCUAAUGAUCUCCGAGGAAUUUCAUUAUCUCUCGCCGUGAUGCUGAAAAUCAGGAAGAAGUCAACUUGUACACAAGAGAAAAGUCUGCAAGAGCAAUUUGGCGCGAUCACGGUUCAGCACGAGGAGCAAUCUCAGAUGCUCCAGAUUAUCGGAAGAACUCCAGGGGGAGCUCUCCGAGGAAAUCAAGACUUCCUGAGACAAAGCGAGCAGACGACGCUGCAUCCUGAUGGAAGCGAGCAGACGACGUUGCAUCCCGAUCGAGGCGAGCAGACGACGCUGCGCUCUUUCCAUGCAGUCUUCCGCGGAGCGCUUGCAACGCGCUUGCGUCGGCUUGCGACGGGCAUUCUCGGGCUUAAUGAGGUUGUCGUCGCGUGCAUUGAACUCGUGCGAUCAAAUUCGUGCGUGAAAAAGCUUCAUGUCGACCAGACCAUAAGAGGACUGUGCGACCAGAAGAGUCCCUGCGAGCAGGAAUGCUUCAAUCUACACGACGGGACCUACGAAUGCGACUGCAGGGAAGGAUACGUUCUACACGUCAACGGAUAUUCUUGCACACGGAGCAAUUUGGAGGCGAGGGAAAAUGAGAACGGGGUUGGGAUUCCAGAGGGGAUCCCUCCUCAGAACGGCAUUAACGAGACGGAGCUGGAAGACAACUUUGAGCUGGAGGACGACGUAAAGGUGAACGAGAACGCGAUCGUGUACGAGAAAGAAGCCGAGUUCACGGCUCACCUGUCUGAGAACCUGGACCCGACUGCUCUCGGAUCCGACCGGAAAGAAAAGGGACCUCAAAUUCCAAGUCAAGGUCAAGAUAAGGGAGUUCGGAGCACGACCCAAGUGUCUGCUUUGGAAUGCAGACUGGAUUGUGCCCCAGGUAAAUGCACGUGGGACGAGGGCCGCCCUCGGUGCCUCUGCCCUCUGGGACUCCACGGAGAUCGAUGCCAAACUCCGUUGGAGGUGCACGUAGCCCGUUUCAGCGGCCACUCGUGGCUAGAAUACCCAGUGCUUCGAAACGCAUACGAGACGUUGUCCUUGACCAUAGAGUUCCUGCCCGAAGCGUGGGAUGGUGCCUUGCUUUAUUCGGGCGAAGACCCCGAGCUCGAUGGGGAUUUCUUCGCCGUCUCCAUCGUCGAGGGAUUCGUCGAAGUCAGGUUGGACUGUGGUUCGGGUGUCGGACUGAUUCGUUCCAUGGAACCGGUUCGUUUGGGUCGGUGGAACCGCUUGGAAAUCGAUCGGCAUCGGUGGGACGUCUCGAUGCGACUCAACAACGGGAGCAAGGUCGUGGGCAGGUCAAAGGGCUUGUUCUCCCGGAUAACAUUCCGUGAGCCGAUGUACGUGGGAGGGAGUCCAGACGUGAGGAAAGUGAGUGCUGCGAAGGAGAUCGGUCUCGGGUCUGGCUUCCUCGGAUGCAUCCGAUUCAUCGAGCUCAAUCAUCGGCCCUUCACGUUCCUCACGCAGCCUGACGGCGAUGCCCGAUUCGGCCUUGACAUCGAGGAGUGUUUCGGAGACAAAUGUCAAGAGUUGGCCUGUCUCCACGGGGGUAAAUGCGUCGCGCCAUCGACUGCCCCGAAUCUGCAGGGAGACGUCCAGUGCCUCUGCCCCCUCGGAUACAUCGGGGAGCGAUGCGAAACCCCCGUCGACCUCGAGGUCCCGUUCUUCAAUGGGACUUCAUACCUGAAAUACCCAGCCCUGGGGAGUUCGGCCCUGGAGAGUCUGGACCUGGAAUUGACGAUAAAGCCAUCGGCUCGGGACGGAUUGAUCCUCUUCGACGGGCGUCGGGCGGAUGCAGAUGGAACUUUCCUGGCUCUCUUUCUCCGCGAUGGAUUCCUCUAUUUCGGCUUUGACCAUGGGGAUGGUGCCUUCUUUGUCAGGAGCGAGAUGCAACUGGAGACGGAGAAGUGGCACCGAGUGGAGGCAUCCAGGGCUGGACGGGGGGCUUUCCUCAAGAUCGACGACCAGCCUUACCUGUUCGGGGAGAGCCCAGGGGGGUUCUCGGGGCUGUCCCUCCCGCAGCCCCUGUUCCUCGGGGGGGUCCCGUUGCACGAGGGGGUCCCAGAGGUCCUGCCGAGGCAGGGGUUCGUCGGAUGCGUUCAGAAGAUGGUGGUGAACGGGAAGCGCAUCAAGAUCCUGGCGGCAUCUCUGUCCGGCUACAACGUGAAGAACUGCGAACAUCCGUGCACGAGGGAGCCGUGCACGAACGGAGGGACGUGUCUCCCGGAGAACGAUCGACACUCUUGCCUGUGUCCGCUGGGUUACGGGGAUCCCAGCUGUGAAUCCCAGGUCUCGUACCAGGGCGCCAACCCCAUGUUCUUCGGGAACGGAUAUCUCUUCUACGGUCAUCAGAUCACUCACGCAGCGACGGGGAGCAACACGUGGCUGUCUCUUCGUUUCCGGACCUUCGCCGAUGGGCUGUUGCUCUGGCUCGGCGAUUCUCAGAGCCUCGUGGCUUCCGAGUUCCUUUCCGUGUCGAUCGAAGGAGGUUUGCUUCAUCUUCGGUACGAUCUCGGGUCGGGAGAAGCCGACAUCGUGGCCAACGGGAGCCGAGUGGACGACGGGCAUUGGCAUACCGUUCGUGUCAUCAGGACGCAAAGGGAAGGAUCGCUGAUCGUCGACGACGUCAGUCCCAUCUUCACGGGAGCUUCACCGGGCUGGCAUCAGAAACUCGAUACGCAGGGUGGCCUUCACAUCGGUGGCGUCCAGCACGACGGCGAGGCCCCGAUGCACCGCUUCAAGGCCGGGAUCACCGGCUGCAUCGCGGACCUCAAGAUCUCCCCCGACGUCACGCUGCACUCGAUCGACGAUGCCACGUCUGGGGUGAACGUGGAUCUCUGCGUCUGAGAGGGUUCGGCCGACUCACGUAUCUGUGAUGAUUUGUACCAUAUGCGAAAUGAGAGCAAUUUUCUCCCCCGUGCUUUCCACGUGUGGCUCGUAUGUCCUCAUCGAAUUGGAGUUCGUCGUGUUCACAAGUCCACUGGCCUCGUGCGAGGCCGUGCACUCCGUAGCCGGUCCGAGCCACUCGGAGCUAUAUAUUGUAUGCCUUUUCCCCCCUACCCGCUCGCAAGGAUUUAACACUCCUACCGAAUGUACCCAUUGAAUCGUUGUUUUUUUUUUUAAUACUAACAAACGGAAAUGAGUCUCUCGAUUGAUCGUUCUGCAGUCUAUGAGCACGUUCGGCCACGUGCUGCACCGGUGCACGGGCAUAGAAACGUUCUGGAGAGGGGAGAAGGGGCAAAAGUGACUUUCGAGUAACCUCGAUUGGGAGAGGGGAGUACUUGGCAGAUGUACAUGGAAUAUAUAUGUUCUAGACGGAGAUGCAUCAUGAAAAAUGUGAAAUCAGACAAAAAAUACCUACUUUUUCCCACCUUUCCCCUACCUAUUAAAGUGGAGAGCAUUUUUCCCCUUCUCUCCCUGCCCCAAACAUUUGCUACGCCCUUACACCGGUGUCGAUGGGGAAGCGAGAGAUUGAAUUUUUUUGUUGUUGAAAAUACUAGCAAAGCACAAUCUUGAUCGAAUUCAGUAUCCCAGCUUCCACGCGGUUCGCUUUAACGUUUCCGGGAGAUCGUGAUCAUUUAACGUUCUCAGCGUCGGUGCAAUAAGGAUUUUCACUUCUCGAAAAAUCAAAAUCUCAUCAGCCGGAUCACUUUUUUUUCUUUCCUGCAUGCUCUUUUUUCGUGCAGCAGAUUUGGACAUAUCACAAGAGCCAUAUGAGAAUGCAUUGCACUGUUAGUUCUAGUCAAGAACCUCCUCCCCGUUUUUCACUUUAUCGUGGGUCUGUGCGAAUGAGUAGAGGCUGAAGUGUCCUUACCGAUUGGCCUCUGGCAUCUGGAUUCCCCUUGGUAGUUUCCCUCUCGAUCGCAAUCGCAUUGACGUUUCACCUUUUUUUUUAACUAUCGGGAUGAGUGUGUGUCUCCGUUUCAUGCUGUUAUGCAGCUAUCACCGAGGGGUGUCGCCGCGGGGGUCGGGGGACGAGACGUGUCCCAUGCAUUUCAUCGAAUGUUUAAAGAUAUAAGUUGGAAAGGGAAAGGGUUGUGAGUGCUGAUUUAAGUAAGUAAGGAAACGAUUACUAUUAAGGAUAUUUAAUAAAGAAAUUAGAGACCACGAGAUUCCGUGUCGAAGAAAGUCAUGAGAUUUCCACGUGAGUACAGAAAAAAUGUUUGGUGUGUGCAUGGGUUUGCAGUCCCCCGUCUCUUGAACCUUGGCGACGCUCCUGCCUCACCAGUGACCCCUUGGAAAAAUAAAAGUGGGAUUCUAGUCAUUACCUGG